CAGUCAUUGGUUCGACGUAAAUCAAAGCACAUCAAAGAUGAAUAUUCGUUCUUUUAUGAUUACUAUUGUGAUAGUCUUAUUUGCUAUUCUUCAUUUUGGAGAGGCAACACAAUGUUAUCAGUGUGACUCACGAAAAAACGAUACUUGUAUAAAAAAUCCAUCAUCCGUCGCAAAAAACGCAACAUGUCCAUCUGGUGUGAAUUGUGGCAAAUGUAAUUAUGGAUAUAACGGCACUACGUUCGUCAUUCGCGACUGUGGUUUCAAAUUCGAAUCACCGGUAGAAAGCGUAGAUUGUACUUUGUGUAAGGGAGAUCUCUGUAAUAAUGCUAAUAUGGCAACAAUUAGCAUGACGGCAUUAGGGUGCCUCGUAUCUUUUUGGGCAAUUCGAUCUGUUCUUACAAAUUCUUAUUAAUUUUUCAAUUUGUAACAUCAUGAAACAUGCUCUUAUAUUAAAAAAUAUAUUACAUUGAAUAGUUAUAUUGUUCUUCUAUUUUACCUAUGCUAAUUAUUAUAUUAUAUAUAAAUAUAUCAUAUAUGAAUAUACAGAUAAGAAUGAAAUGUACACUCAUGCAUACAUACACUGUCUUAUGUGUCAACUAUUUUAUUAUAUGAAUAUAAUAAUUGUCAUCUAAAUUGAUCUAAUCUCACAAUUUAUAUUGAUUAUAUUUCUUUAUGCGCAUUUAUUUGAAAAAAAAUUUUUUUUUGCGCUUAUAAUAAUAAUAAUAAUAAAGAAAUAACUUUUAAGAGGAUUCUUUCAGAGCUAGUCUCAGGUCUCUGCAAUAUAUUUAGGCCACGCAAAAAUGAAGCUGUUCCUAAUUUUUUAAAAUAUUUUUCUCUUCCUUCUAAUAUGAAGUAUCGUAUAUAAUUAAUUAAACUUUAAAUUAUAAAUUUUCUUAAUAAUAUCAAUAUAUGUAUGUGAUUUUGAGUCAAAUCUAUUUCACUUUUCACUUUUUAUUAACAAACGUGAUAAAAACUUAUUAAAAAUAUGUUGACAUAUUCUACAUUAUAUUCUCUACGUUAUAUUCAGAAAACUAGUAUUAUGUUUACACAAGAAAGUACUUCUUAAAAAUUCUUAAUAAAAUUUUUUUCGAGAAUGUCGAGAAAGUAGCGAUUAAACUAGAACAUUAGCGUUAUAUUGUGCCUAUAUAAUUGGUGAAUAUUGAUUUUUACUAAUAAAAUACACGAUUGUUAAAAAAACGAUAUAUAUAAAAUAUAUAUAUCAACUUAUUAUAUAAAAUAUCCUUUCCAAGAACUGCAUUUUGAAGAUGAUAACGUUGAUAACGCAGGAAAUGAGAUAAUUUAGCGAGAUAAAUCUAGAUAACUUAUCGUAAUCAGCGAUAUAUAACUAUAUAUAUAUGUAACAAAAAUCAAUGAUAAUUUUGGAGAGUAUAAAAUUAUCCUUUACUGCUGGGAAUAGCUGUCAGUUUAAUGUCAAUCAAGACACAUCGAAGAUGGAAAGGCAAGGCUUCACUAUGAUCACCGUAUUAAUAAUCAUAUUCGCCAUUCUUCAUUCAGGAGAGACAAAGAGAUGUUAUAGCUGCAAUUCGGUUAACAACGAAACUUGUGCAAGCAAUCCGUCCGAAUUCGAAACGACGGAAUGUAACUUGUUUUGUGUCAAAUGUGAUUAUGAAACGCUCUUCGGCACGACGGGUGUCCAACGUUUCUGCGGCAUACGUACUGUCACAACCUUAGAAUUGGCAAAUAAAUUUGAUUGUUAUUCAUGCAAUACAAAUCUCUGUAAUAAUGCUAAUGCGCUGCCAACUAGCCUUGGGAUGGUAGCCUUAGGAUGUCUAGCACUAUUUUGGAUAAUUCGGUUUGCUCUUACAGAUUCUUAUUAAUUUUAUUCAGCUUUUGUAACAUUAUAUGCGCUUUGGGGGUAGAUACAUUAAAAAUAUAUAUCUCUUUUUAUAUAACAAAAAACUACACUAUUGGUUUAUCUGAUUUUAUCAAAAAGUAUCUUAGAUUAUCGGACUUCAAUAACGGUUGAACCAAUCGAAUUCUUAAUAAGCUUAAUCAAAAGCUUGAGUAUAAAUUAAUUAUAUAAGGAAAAUGUCUUUAUUAUUGUUCUAUAUGUAUCACAAACGAAGUUAUUAUGCUGCAAAGUCUCAAUGUACAAAUUUUCCUUUAAGAAACGUCUUCCAAAUUUUUUAUAACUAAAAAUUGAGUAAAUACAAGAUGACAUUAGCAGCGCUUGCAUCCGAUGGUAAAUUAUUGUUAUUAUGUUAUAUUAUAAUUACCGAUCGUCAUCGAUAAUCUAAUACGUCAAAGUAUAAUAUAUGUUUGCUAAUCAAUUUGGUAUCAUUAAUUCGAUGUCAUUAAUUAUUGUUAUCAUUAAUUCGAAGAAAUCUGUUCUUGAAAAAAUUGUAUAUGCCAUAUACAAUUUUUUAAUAUCAAAGUAUAUAUUAUAUAAAUAUAUAUAUGGCUGAUUUUGAUUCUUUAUAUAUAUAUAUGGAUAUAAUAUAAUAAAUUUAUGCACAAAUUUUAAUUGAGAAUUUUGUUUAAGAUAGAUAAAGAGCUGUGUAACGUCGAAACAGUAGUCAAUAUUUUCUAAAUAACCGGAAUAAAGAAAUUUUUACGUCGUUGCGAUUCAAUCUGAAAUGUUUAAGAACCUUCCCUCGGAAGAUGUGUUCCUGCAAAAGUGGACCGCAGUGUGGGAAAUUCCGUUGUGAUGUGCCGGGAAGAGCGCGGAGACCUCAUUUCUUUCGCGAAUAGCAUAAUGUGCGAGGAAAUUC